UUUGACGUCUUCACCACGCUCUCCCCCUCCCCUCAGGUGUUCAAGCUUCGCGCGCUGCCCGAGCCUCAGCUCUACGGUUGAACGUGCGCUCUCUGUAGCCUCUCUCUUGCGUCAUGUUCCCGGCCGUCUCCUCUCCGCGGACCCCGGGGCCCGGCGCUCGAAGGGGCCCGCUGGGCGGAGUCGGGCCGGGCUCCACGCCCCGGGCGACCAGCAGGAAGGGUUUGGCCCUGGGGUCUUCGCUCAGCUCUCCGGUGCUCUUCUCGCCGGCCGGCCGUCGUAGCUCGCUGAGCUCGCGAGGAACACCUACACGAAUAUUCCCACACCACUCCAUAACUGAGUCUGUGAACUAUGAUGUGAAAACAUUUGGAUCUUCUCUCCCUGUUAAAGUCAUGGAAGCCUUGACAUUGGCUGACGUUGACGAUCAGCUGACUGUUCACGUAGAUGAAGGUGGAUGGGCUUGUCUGGUCUGCAAAGAGAAACUCAUUAUUUGGAAGAUUGCUCUGUCACCUAUUACCAAGUUAUCUGUUUGCAAAGAACUUCAGCUACCACCUACUGAUUUCCACUGGAGUGCCAACUUGGUGGCUCUCUCUUACUCUGCUACCUCAGGUGAAGCACAUUCUACUCAGGCUGUUGCUGUCAUGGUUGCCACCAGAGAAGGAUCCAUCCGCUAUUGGCCAAGCCUUGCAAGUGAAGACACCUACACAGAGACGUCCGUAGAUCUGGGAGGUGAUAAGACUUGCAGUUUCCUAACAACAGUGCAGGGAGGAAGUUUUAUUUUAUCCUCAUCGGGAGGCCAGCUGAUUCGCCUGAUACCCGAAAGUGUAGGAAAAAUUCAUCAGCAUAUCCUGCCUCAAGGGCAAGGUGUGCUUUCGGGAAUUGGUCGGAAGGUUUCUUCUCUUUUGGGAAUUUUAUCUUCUAGCAGUGAUCUCAUACUUUCAAGUGUCCUUUGGGAUAGAGAGCGAUCAAGCUUUUAUAGCUUGACAAGUUCAAACAUCGGUAAAUGGGAAUUAGAUGAUUCUUCAGAAAAACAAGCACAUAGUUGGGAUGUAAAUAGAGUCCUGAAGGAAAACAUUAUUGAUGCUAUCUGGGGAUCUGAAAGUAACUAUGAAGCUAUUAAGGAAGGGGUCAACAUUCGGUAUUUGGAUUUGAAGCAAAACUGCGAUGGUCUCCUGAUUUUGUCAGCGGCAUGGCACCUGGCAGACAAGCCCUGUCUCGUCUAUUACUCGCUGGUAACAGUAGAAGAUAACGGCUACCAAAUGUCAGAUGCAGUGACUGUGGAAGUCACUCAGUAUAACCCACCUUUUCAGUCUGAAGACUUGAUUAUGUGUCAGUUGAUGGUCCCAAACUUUUCAAACCAGACUGCCUAUCUGUAUACUGAAAGUGCUGUCUACGUGUGCUCCACAGGAACUGGGAAGUUUUCUCUUCCUCGGGAGAAAAUCGUCUUCAACACACAAGGAGAUAGUAUUUUAGGAGCUGGUUCCUGUGGGGGCGUUCCUAUCCUUUUUUCUAGAAACAGUGGAUUGGUGUCUAUUACUUCAAGGGAAAAUGUGUCCGUAUUGGCAGAAGACCUUGAAGAUUCCCUGGCAUCUUCAGUUGCUGGACCAGGCAAUGAGAGUGUGGUUUUUGACACCUCUACCAAGAAUGAAACUAUUGCCCGGGAAGAUAAAACCAAAUUGCUAAAAGCUGCUUUUCUGCAAUACUGCAGAAAAGAUUUAGGUCAUGCUCAAAUGAUAGUUGAUGAGCUGUUUUCCUCUCACUCUGAUUCGGAUUCCAAUUGUGAACUAGACAGAGCUGUUACCCAAAUCAGCGUGGACCUGGUGGACGACUACCCUGCUUCUGAUCCACGGUGGGCUGAGUCUGUCCCCGAGGAAGCACCUGGGUUCAGCAAUACAUCUUUGAUUAUUCUCCACCAACUCGAAGACAAGAUGAAAGCCCAUUCUUUCCUUAUGGACUUCAUUCACCAAGUCGGCUUGUUUGGACGUCUCGGCACUUUUCCAGUGAGAGGGCUGCCGAUGGCCACACGGCUGCUGCUCUGUGAACACGCUGAGAAGCUGGCCGCCGCCAUCGUCCUCAAGAACCACCACUCGAGGCUUUCCGACCUUGUCAACACAGCGAUACUGAUGGCCUUAAACAAGAGGGACUGCGACAUCCCGUGCAACCUGACUCCCGCAGACGUCUUCUUCAGAGAGGUGUCCCAGGUAGAUAGCGUCUGGGAGUGCUUACUGGAGCACGAGGAGCAAGUCUUGAAGGACACGGCCUUGGAGCCAGUUGAAUGGGCGGAGGUGGCGAUCAGUGUGAACAGUAUUCUCAAGGACAUGCUGCAAGCUGCUAGUCAUUAUCGACAAAAUAGAAACUCCUUGUAUAGAAGAGAAGAGCCAGUAGAAAAAGAACCUGAGUAUAUUCCGUGGACAGCAACGAGUGGUCCUGCCGGCAUCCGAACAGCAAUAGUGCGCCAGCAUGGGAUUGUCCUGAAAAUGGUUUAUCCUCAGGCGGAUAGCAACCUCCGAAACAUUCUGACAGAGCAGCUGGUAGCACUGAUUGAUUGCUUCCUGGAUGGUUAUGUUUCUCAGCUCAAGUCUGUGGACAGAUCCAGUGAUCAAGAAAGAUACAACAAUCUGGAAAUGGAAUACCUGCAGAAAAGAUCAGACCUCUUAUCUCCGCUUCUCACACUAGGCCAGUACCCAUGGGCUGCUUCAUUAGCAGAAAAAUACUGUGACUUUGAUAUCUUAGUACAAAUGUGUGAGCAGACUGACAACCAGGCCAGACUGCAGCGCUACAUGACACAGUUUGCUGACCAGAAUUUUUCAGACUUUCUCUUCCGUUGGUAUCUGGAGAAAGGAAAGCGAGGCAAAUUAUUAUCUCAGCCUAUUUCUCAACACGGACAGUUGGCCAAUUUUUUGCAAGCUCAUGAACAUCUCAGCUGGUUACAUGAAAUUAACAGCCAAGAAUUAGAAAAGGCUCAUGCAACACUUCUGGGUUUGGCAAAUAUGGAAACUCGUUACUUUGCAAAGAAAAAAACCCUUCUUGGCUUGAGUAAAUUGGCUGCAUUAGCUUCAGACUUUCCAGAAGAUACACUGCAAGGAAAAAUUGAAGAAAUGGCUGAGCAGGAGCGCUUCCUGCUGCACCAGGAGACGCUGCCUGAACAGCUGCUGGCCGAGAAGCAGCUGAGUCUCAGUGCGAUGCCGGUACUGACUGCACCACAGCUCAUUGGCCUGUAUAUCUGUGAAGAAAACAGAAGAGCUAAUGAGUAUGAUUUCAAGAAAGCUUUGGACUUGCUUGAAUAUAUUGACGAGGAGGAAGAUAUAAAUAUAAAUAAUCUAAAACUGGAAAUCCUUUGCAAAGCUCUUCAGAGAGAUAAGAGGAUUUCUGUCCACUGGAACGGUGGUAUUAAGAUUCAGUGGCAAAGAGAGACAGAAUAAUCAGCUGUAGAGAUGGAUUUUUCCCACGGAAAGAAUUUUAAAGAGAGCAUGACUUGAGUGCUAAAAGCCUUCUCUACUCGGUUUUCCUUUUUCCUGUGGCUUUGAGAAAUUGCAAUGGAACUAUUUUUACUAAAGCAUUUCUUCCUCUCAUCACUCCCAGAUAGUUAAAAUUGUUGUCAAAUUUGGUCUUGGAGGUCAUCCUCCAAAGCAUCUAGCUCUGCCUGUUGGAUUCUCCUUCGCAAUCAUAAAAGAUGUAUUAUGUCAUUUGACUGGAAUACCUUGUCUUGGCUUCCUGAUUAAACACUCUACGGUAUCAUGAGGGGUAUAGCCAUUGAUUACUACAAAGGAGUGGUUCUGUGGAUUUGUAUUUCAGUAGUAGAUAAUCUCCACUAGAUAAAGGAAGCUUUUUAGGUUACACCAGACACUGGUUGCCAUUUUACUUUUAUGAGAAACAGAAUAUAACAUUCUUUAACUAUCACCUGUGCUCUGAAGGGUCAUACUUUAGGGUCGUUACUAGGUUGUUACAUAUAGAAUUUUCUUGGGAAAGAUACCUCACUACUUGGUUUUGGCAUCAAAUACAUGCUGGUUGUAUUGGGCGAAUAGCUACCUGAGUAUAGCAUCUCCUAUCUAAUAGAGAGACUCUGGGUAUAUCCAACAUUUAAUAAAGCUCCUUUAUUUAAAUAGUUUUCAACAGUAUCACAAAACUCAAGAUUCUUCACCCCCUACAAACAUCAAAACAAAUCCACAAUAGCAAACAAGUCAUUUGUUUCAGAUUGUGGCCACAGUUCCAUUUUCUCCUCACAGUGAUUUUGUU